GAAGAGCAUGAAGAAGGAGAUCGACUUUACUUCGAGAUGAAUAUCCCGAAGAAACUUCGGAACCUUCCAGCCAGCUUCGAGGCGAUGGAAGGCUCAGCUGUGCACCGUUGCCCGGAAGAGGUCAAUGCUGUGGUCUACGGCAUCCCCACAGCUUUCCGACAGAAUGGCGAUAUUGAGUGUCGAUUGCAACUGUCACUAUUUCAUCCGAUCCGAUGCAUGAUACCCUUGAAAAUACAGUGGCUCCGGGCGAAGAGCGUCGAUGGCACAGAGGAAUUUUUCUUCAAGACAGUCACGGGCAGCAUCGAUCAUCACAUGGGACUUCUCGGUAUCGAUGAAGAGGGUUUCAAGAAACUCGUCGACGGACUAGCAAUCGAUGAGGAAGAAUCGCAUUUCCGGAGUCGGCGCAAUCAAAAAGAUCUGAUAAAAUGUGUUGUCGACGGAUUGAUGGAGCUGAACCGAAAGUUCGCUUCGAUUCUUCUGGUGUGAAAUUUUGCCUGAUUAUGAUGCGAUCCUCAAAGGAGCGUCGGGAGUGAUUUCAGUCUACAAUGUACGCGGU